AUGCCUGUGAGUUUUAAGACUCCGCCGACUAGUACGGACAGGACAGAAUUGACGGCGGCAGUGGCUGCGGGGAAAACCAAAGUCGCCUUGGAAGAUCGUUCCGUGAAAGCUGAUAACAAUGAAGAUAACACGCCGAUGGCGAUGUAUAGAGACGAAUCGUUCAAGAACAAACGACGUCAAACGAAUGUCAUUGAUCACUGCCCACAUGGAACUCAGAGCCUUGAAAAUGGACUUAAACUCAGAGGAGAGCCCGUGGUGAAAGCUGAAUCUGUUCAAGGAGUUAGCAGAAGUCUUAUCAUCCAAAUCGUGCUGACCGUCGUCUUCUGUAUUCUGGAGUUUCUCACAGGAGUCAUCUGCUCUUCCAUAGCCAUGCUCGCAGAUUCGUACCAUAUGGCAGCAGAUGUGAUGGCUUUGAUGGUUGCAUUCACGUGCAUCAAGAUUGCAACUAGGCCAUCGACUCGCCAUGGAUACGGAUGGGUCCGCGCAGAAACUCUCGGAGGAUUCUUUAAUGGAGUCUUCAUGUGCACUGUCUGUUGUCUUGUCCUUCAAGAAGCCGUCGGUCGUCUUUUCAAUGCCCACCUCAUCACCCACCCAUUGCAAGUGAUGAUCAUUGGAGCGAUCGGACUGGUUAUCAACAUUUAUGGAAUGUUCAAUUUGAGUGGACACGGACACAGUCACGGAGGAGGUGGACAUGGACAUAGUCAUGGCGGUGGUGGUCAUGGACAUAGCCACGGUGGCGGAAAGAAGAGCAAAAAGAAUAAGAAGGAGGGGCAUGGGCACAGCCAUGAUGAAGGACAUGGACAUAGUCAUGAUGGAGGUCAUGGACACUCACACGAUCACGAAGAGCAUGAAGAUUGCCAUGAAGAAGAUCAUGAUGGACAUGAAACUCACAAGGAAGGACCGCAUGUCGAGGUUACGACUCGGCUUCUGCAAGAAGAAGCGAUCGAUCAGAUUGUUGAACGUAGACUAUCAACAGUGAAUAACCAGCCCGGAGUCUCACCAUACACUCAUAUUGCUAGCGAUUUGCUCAAUAGUACUGUCAGCGUGAAUGGAGAAGGAAAAGGACCAAAACCAGAAAAAAACGACAACCUUCGUGGAGUAUGGCUUCAUUUGAUGUCAGAUGCAUUGGGCUCUGUCAUUGUUAUGAUUUCCUCAGCGUUCGUUUACUUCAACAGCGAAUGGUGGCUGACUGUGUACUUGGAUCCAAUUCUGAGUAUCCUACUCGCAUUGCUCAUGGGCUAUGGAGCCGUCAAAUUGGUCAAAUCGUCUGGUGGAAAUCUUCUGAAACGGACUCCAGCAGAUUUCAAUGUUGAAAAAAUCAAACAAGACCUUUGCAGUAUUGUUGGCGUGUCGAAGGUGGAGAAAAUGUCGAUUUGGACUCUAACCGAUCAGAGAAUCAUCGCAUCAGCUCACAUGAACUUCUGCCACCCAGCUGUUUUCUCGGAAGCCGCAUUUAAGAUCAAAAAGUACUUCCAUGACUUGGGUGUUCACUCGACAACCAUCGAACCGACAUUUGAGCCGGCCUGCAUGCAAUCAAUGAUUGUAAAAAUACGAAAAUCCAAAGAUAAGGUCAAGGAACCAAAACAAGCUGUCAUAAUUGCUGAGGACGAGACCGAAGAAGGUCCAUCUACGCAGUAA